CGCAUUUUCCGUCGAGAAGGAGGAGAACCGAAGCGUGGAGCGUUUAACAUCCUCCUGUCUCAUCAUUCCCUCUUUCUCUCACUCUCCCUCUCUUUUUCUACCUUCCUUUCAUUUUCUCGUCUUCUUUCACGCACUUCCUUCCGGUUGGACCACAUUCGGUGGUGACACACGCGACUCGGUGGAACAUUCAAGUUGCGCGCGUGUUACCGGAGCGAGAAUUUAUCAUUUACCAGUGAUUUUCGUGAACCAAAGAACUGCGGAUCGCGAAAGCUUACAUUAGUGAUUUCCGAGGAGUUGCUGAACAACUUUAGCUUUAGAUAUGGCCCAGACUUAUAAUCAAAAGAGAAAUGUAUACAGCAUCGACCAGAUUUUGGGUCAUGGCAAAGAAGAAGAUCACGCGACAUCAUCCGACGCAGUCGUCGAUGGUGGUGACACAGAGCUUGGUCACCUGAGUGAUCAUCAGAUCAAUGACACGCUACACGAUCCCUUGAAUUUAGGCGAAUCCGAUCGACCACGCAAGGUGCGAAGAUCCCGCACGACUUUCACGACCUACCAACUGCACGAGCUCGAAAAGGCUUUCGGGAACACGCAGUAUCCAGAUGUGUUCACCAGGGAGGAGUUGGCGAUGAGACUGGAUCUUUCGGAAGCCAGAGUACAGGUCUGGUUCCAAAAUCGGCGUGCAAAGUGGCGCAAGAAGGAAAAGGCGUUGGGCAGAGAUACCAGUUUUAUGCACGUUGAGCAAGGUGGUGUGAAUGAGUUGUCUCUACACGCGCGCUUGCUACAAACGGCCAGCGGCGUUCCCGGCGCGGAUCCUGCGAAUCCGCCGACAGGCCCGUUUCCUUGGUUCAUCCCCCCAGUUUUUCCGCCACCCUGGCCCGCGAGCGCGCCUAAGCUACCACCCCUGCACGCGCUCCUCUCGCAAUACAUCGGCCUGCCGUUGCCGCAAAACUUGGCGUCGCUUGGCACUAUGUUACCCGUCGGCCUGAACCCGAACUCGGCGCUGAAUCACAGCAACGUGAACGGCCAUUCCCUGGCAAGCCAUCUGCACGGGCCUCUGAAUCUCGGGGUACAAAGCAUACCGCAAAACCUAAGCUCGAAAAACGACAAGGAGGAAGACUCGGCGUCGUCCGACGACGAGAUCAGGAAGCAGAGUGCGGAAGUGCUAAGAGUGAAGGCGGAAGAGGCACUACGCAAGGUGGACAAUUAACUGUGAGAGCUUACGGACUUUUGUACAUACAAAGGAUUCUUUUUUCGGUUCACUCGGGAGCCGUUUGAUAUCAACGUAAAUGUUUCACUCGAGCAUAAACGUCCGCGGAAUCUCCAAUAUUCUCGGGAAAUGACGUUCUUGUUUUACAGCCUGCAAGAGCUCGUAUUUGCUUUGUGUCAUUCGCGCGAUUUAAUAUUUGACAAGCAUUCGAUACACAAAUCUCGGAAGAAAACUCAGAAAUUCGGAAGUCGGUUUGGAAUAAAAAAUAUCAAGUGCCAGCAAAAUGUUUAUUGAUGAAUUAUUCUUGCAUCAUCUUUUCAGACGGUCUAUAAAAUCUGAGUUUGAGGAUUAAUUCGGCUAAAGAACAUAUGACAUUUACUACACGUUUGAAUAAUUUUCGCGGCGUAUCGAUGAUGUUGCUAAUUUUCAACAUAUUCAAUUAGACCUAUAGUUUGUUCGAUCGAUAUUAUUGAAUGACUUACACAACACUUUAAUCCUAAUUAGAAGUUUGCAUAGAUGUGAUAAUAAGUUUACUACAAUUUUCAAUCAGUAAUUAGCGGCUGAUCGGAUACACGCGCUCCUUUGAUCUAAAGUUAUGAGGACGGAAUGAAAUAAGAAGACUGUGACAUUUCGAGUCGAUUGAUUUGAAUCUAUUACUCAAUGAAAAAGCAAACUCAAAUCAAGAACAAAACAUUUGAUCUUGAACGAAAUUGGUUAAAUGAUAUCAUUUAUAUAGCAAACCAUAAAUAGACUUUAAGCGGAAGAACAAUGCAGUUCUCUUUUACAGAAACCUUUUCUAGAAAUCUUAAUAACAAAAUAUUCUUUUAGAAUAAAAAUAUUAUUUU